GAGUCGCAACUGGUGUUGGGUCGAUAUGAAAACUUGACCUUUAUAAGAGGGAGUGCUCUCUGUCAGCAGCUUGUUUACCCCAUCCCUAUUUUCAUCUUUUCCCUCCGCAUCUCUGCUUGCUUGUUUGCUUCCAGAAAGACUCCCGCCGUCGGACAUGAAUCACGUAAUAAGCAUUGAUGGGAGUGAAACAAGGGCUACGCCAAACGAAAGGCUUGAAGCUUUGAAGGGAAGAAACCUCCCGACUCCAUAUAACCAACAACCUUUUGGAGAUGGUGAUCCAAGCAGAAUUAUGGAUCGUGACCUAUACGAAGCCACAAAAGAAGGAGACGUCGAGAAAUUCAUGAAUGCGUUGGAAAAGGUGUCUCAGUCGAGGAAACUUGCUUUGUCGCUAAUCUUCGACCAAGUCACACCCUCCGGGAAUUCAUUGCUUCAUGUAGCAGCAAGCUUGGGGAGAGACGAUGUCAUGGAGCUCAUUGUCGUCCAUUUCCCUUACCUCGUGACCCGGAGAAACUCCUUGGAGGAUACUCCGCUCCAUGUCGCCGUUCGAAGCGGAAGUUUAGAGGUGACAAGAAAGCUCAUUCGCCUGAGAAGAGACGUGGAAACUAUGUACUGGAAGAACAAGGAUAGUAAAUCUCCAUUGUAUCUGGCAGUUGAAAACUGCAACUGGGAGAUUCUUCACCUUCUCUUGGAAGAAUCUGCUCGAGAUGAAGCUUACGCAGUCAAAAUACAGGGCAUGUCCCCGGUUUUGGCUGCAAUUGAGGAGAGGCAAUCAGGUAAAUUGGAAGAAAUAAUAGAUCGGCUUCCGAAGUUACUCCACGUGCGCGGUGAAGAUGGGGAGACACCACUCCACUCUGCAGUAUCGGUUGGAGAUGAGGACGCAAUGGUGGUCCUGCUGAGAAAAUGCCCAGAUCUCGCCCUUCAAACGGACAAAAACAGCUCCUACCCGAUUCACAUCGCUUGCCAAGCCAGCAGCUACUACGCAGUCCAUGAAUUAAUAGAAUGCACGUGGCCCAACCUGGCAGAGAUAAAAAACAAUAGGGGUCAGAAUAUUCUUCACGUUGCUGCCAAGGCCGGGAACAACAGAGCGGUCAGAUGCAAACUCGAGGAAUGCGGUGAGGAACGCAUCAAGAAGCUGGUGAAUUCGAAAGAUGAUGAUGGAAACACACCCCUCCAUUUGAUAUCGAUGCACAACCAUUGCAAAGUCUUGCUCUACUUGACGAGGGACAAAAGGAGUGAACUGGGGCUUCUGAACAACAAGAAGUUGACCGCCCUGGAUGUGGCCGGGGAAUGUGGAAGCUCUUCAACGAAAUAUCCACUGGUACUGGGAGAUCUAAUCUUGAGAAUCGCAAGGGUGCCGCGAAGCAAAGGUCAAUACAAUCAUUCAUUGAGAAAAGAAGCUGACUGGGUAAAGGACAAGGUUAGCACUCGAUUGAUAGUGGCCACCCUUGUGGCCACCGUCACGUUUGCCGCUGGCUUCACCUUGCCCGGUGGAUAUAAUGCUUCCCAUGAUCGAGACCCAGGAACCGCGGCCAUGCUACACAACAGAAUGUUUCCGCUCUUCAUAAUUUCCAACACGUUGGCCAUGGACAGCUCCAUCCAUGCGGUCGCAGUCCUCCUCUUGGGUCUCAUUAACGAUUUCUCCAUAGCACAACAAGCUUUCUUAGCAGCGGGGCCAAUAUUAUUGAUGUCUCUCACCUGCAUGUCGGUGGCGUUUAUGGCGGCCGUAAUCAUAGCAGUGAGCAAACUCACUUGGCUCCCACUCCUUGUUCUGUCCAUCGCAGUCGUUAACCUCGCGAUGCUCAUGGCGGUUUUCCCAUUCUCCAGGACACCUAUGCGUUAG